AUGCAGAAUCAUUCGAGAGACCUACUCAGUGGCCCCUACAGCCCUUGCUGCAGCAGCAGAAACAGCAGCAGCAGCAGCAGCAACACCCGCUGCCACUUCAACGGCGGCUUCGCUGCUUCCCCUGCGCCCUCGCCAGCGCCGGCCUCUGGAGCCGCUGCAGCAGCCGCAGCAGCUCUGCGCCUUCACCCCACGUGUUUGGAACUGCUGCUGCAGCAGCAGCAGCAGCAGCACCAGGGGCUGCGGCGGGUGCCGCUGCUGCUGCCCUCGCUUGACAGCGUCUUGGGUGGGGGCCUCCCCCGCGGCUGCUGCGUCUGCGAAGUCUUGGGCCCCUCGGGGGCCGGCAAGACUUUGCUGCUGCUGCAGCUGUGUGUCUCUUACCUCUUGGGCAUUUCUUUGAGUCCUGCUGCAGUGCCGCAGCAAAACAAAUACAGCUUCCUGGGGGUCCCCCCUGGCUGUGCCCUUUUCAUAGACUGCAGCGGCAGCUUCCGCUACUCACGCUUUCUGGACAUUGCCAGGGGCACCCUAGCUGCAUGCAGCAGCAGCAGCAGCAGCAGCAGCAGCGGGGAAGCGGCAGAGGCUUUGCUGCAGCGGCUGGUGGUGCUGCGGGUGUUCAGUGCGGGCGAACUGCAGCAGCUGCUGGAGGCCCUGUGCCCUUCUGCUGCUGCUGGGGGGGCCCCCCACCCCCUAGAGGUCUUUGCCCCUUUCUUGGGUCUCCAGGGUCUUGGGGGCCCCCAGCAGGGGGCCCCCCAUCUGGGGGCCCCCAGCCAGGGGCCCCCCGGGGCUUCUCACGGCCAAACAGCCGCCAGCCAGGGCCCCCUUGGGGGCCCCCCUACCGAGGGGCCCCCCAUAGGCUUUCCUAAUCAAGGGGCCCCCAGUCAGGGGGGCCCCACCGAGGGGCCCCAGGGGGGCCCCCUCAGUAAGGGGCUCCCCAGCAGCCAGGGGCCCCUAGGGGGCCCCCUUAGUCAGGACAGCCCCAGCAAGGGGCCCCAAGGGGGCCCCUUCAGUCAGGGGCUCCUCAGCCAGGGGCCCCACGGGGGGCCUCAGGGGCUCCCCAGCCAGGGGCCCCCCAGCCAGGCGGCCCCCAGCGAGGGGCCCCAUGGGGGGCCCCCCAUAGGAAUAGUUGUUGUUGAUGGUUUGAGUUCAGUUUUGCAUCCAGCCCUGCAGGGGGGCCCCCUGGGGGUGCGGCGGGCUGCGCUGCGUGUGGGGCUUUUGCUGCUGCAGCUGUGUGCAGCAACAGGAGCUGCUGCUGCAGUGGCCACCACCGCUGUUGCUUCCCGAACAGAAGCAGGUGGGGCAGCUUCUGCUGCAGCAGCAGCGGCAGCAACAGCAGUUGCUGCUGCUGCUGCUGCAGCUGCACAGGCGUAG